UAGGUUAACUCAGUGCAGCCUCUUCCUGGUCCGCUCAGAGUAAAUGGUUCCGCUUUACAGAUCCAUGAUGUCAAAGCCCAAAUUUGUUGUUUGGCCUCAAGUGGUUUUAUUUGGAGACUCCAUCACACAGUUUUCCUUUCAAGUCAAUGGCUGGGGGGCGGAAAUUGCCAACAAAUUGGCAAGGAAGUGUGAUGUUGUUAACAGAGGACUCUCUGGCUACAACUCCAGAUGGGCUAAGAUGAUUCUUCCUCGCCUCAUCGACUGUCAAAACUCAGCAGCAGACAGCAACAAGAUAGCUGCUGUCACUGUUUUCUUUGGAGCCAAUGACAGCUCACUGGAAGAUAUAAACCCCCAACAGCACGUCCCCCUUCAGGAGUACUCAGAGAACAUGAAGGAGAUCACCAGCCUCCUGACUUCAGCAGGAGUGUCAGCAGACAGAGUAAUCUUCAUCACACCUCCACCUCUUCAUGAACCAGCCUGGGAGAAGGAGUGCAUUUUGAAAGGAAGUCCUCUUAACCGUCACAACUCUGUAGCAGGGCAGUAUGCUCAGGCGUGCGUCCAGGCUGCCGGGCAGUGUGGUGCUGACGUCCUGGACCUCUGGACGCUGAUGCAGAAAGAUGGACAGGACUACUCAGUCUACCUGUCUGAUGGGCUGCACCUCUCAGACAAGGGAAACCAGUUCCUAGCUCAGCACCUGUGGGGGCUGCUGGAGUCACGUGUUGCCGCUCUGCCUUUCAUUCUGCCGUACUGGGGAGAUAUCGACACCAAGAGCCCAGAGAGCAGCCUCCUCUGCGACCAGUGAGGCUGCAGCUUUGGAACAUUUUUGUGUGAUAUAUCUUCUGCGACAAAUAAAACCCCCUCCAGUAUUAAGGCCAAGGAGGGACUUCAUUCCUGCUAUGAAACUUUAAAAACCCUGAUUUGUACUCCAGUUAUCAAGAACAAGUGUAUGAUUUCAUGUUUAAAGCACAAUAAAGAUUCUUUAUUUUGA